AUGUAUAUCCCCAACACGCGCUGGACCUGGGCUUUUAUGCUCACGGCCAUCUUCCAGGUCGCCGUCGGUCUCGCCCUAGAAUCAUAUGUCUUUGGUAAAUUCCAGGGACAAAUACACUUUGCCGCAGAGGGUGCAGGAGCAAGCGAAACCCGCACCAUUCCCACCUUUCUUGCCGUCUUCAUGUUCGGCUACAUCUACCAGCUGGUACUCGUGUGGGAUGCCCUGCGUCUCAAGAACACCAUUCAGGUCAUUGGCAUUGUCAUCUACAACAUCGGCAUUCUCGUCUAUGCCGGCAUUCAAUUCGACCAGAUCAGAGACGCGGCCGACGACCUCAACAACAGCGCCUUUAUCCCUCGCUUCUUCUGGAAAGAUGUAAAGCCCAUGUUGAUCGCGCUGCCUGUGCUCAUGGCCGUUGCGACCGUUCUCUUUGCUUUUGAGGCCUGGAAGCUCUAUGACGAAUUUGCAUGGACCAUCUACAAGCGCAUUAGUGCCGACACCCGCCUGAAGAGGCGCUAUCUGACUUACCAGAUUUACAUUGCUCUUCUCAAGUUCGAUUUCUUCUUUUUCCUUGCCUUUACUGUCCAGUUCCUUGUCGUCGUAAAGAACACAAAGACAGUCGAAUUGGCCCUUACCGCAGCGGCCCUGGGCAUCACAUUUUUCCUCCUGUUCCUCGCCGCCUGGUGGGUCCGCCGCGAGUCUGUUGCCGGAAUGAUUGGCAUCAUCAUCAUCUAUUUCUUAUCACUGGGCUACUUCCUCUUCAAGCUCAUCCGCAUGUACGUCGCCGACGCCCAUCGCCAGGAGGACUACAAACCCGCCCGCAAGUCGUUGACUGCCUUUGCCAUCCUCACCAUCCUACUCCUCGUCUUGACCAUUGUCACUGCAUGCCUGUGCACCCACAACUUCAACAAGGGUCUGAAGCCCCAUGUAAACGACGACAAGAUCGUCCACAGCGACAAGGCAUACGCCACCGAGAUGCCGUCAUUGAGCGGGCCAGCGCCAUCACAACGGAUGGAGAUUGACUAG